UGUCAGUAUUGGACUGUGGAAGGUGGUGGCCAGGUUCCACAGCAACCCACAGCUGAGCUACUCUGCAGAGUUUGAGGUUAAAGAAUAUGUGCUGCCCAGUUUUGAGGUUAAGCUGACGCUUGAGAGCCCCUUCUUCUACGUGGACAGUCAAGAGUUCACCGUCAGCAUCAAAGCUACAUAUCUGUUUGGUGAAGAGGUGGAUGGUACAGCCUACGGGGUAUUUGGGGUUAUGCAUGAAGGUCAAAAAAAGAGCCUUCCCAGCUCUCUUCAAAGAGUGCAGAUCAUGAGCGGUAAAGGGGAGGUCAAACUGGAGAAGGAGCACAUCAUACAGACCUUCCAAAACAUCUAUGACCUGGAGGGGAGUUCCUUAUUUGUAGCAGUCGGUGUGCUCACGGAGAAUGGAAGUGAAAUGGUGGAGGCGGAGUUAAGAGGUAUCCGGAUUGUCAAAUCGCCUUACACCAUCCACUUCAAGAGAACGCCCAAAUACUUCAAACCAGGAAUGUCCUUUGAUGUUGCGGUAAAGUGUACACUUAUAUGUAUUUAAACUGAAAGUUAUGUUAAAUUCUUUAAAA